AUGAUCCGACAACUGCUAUUAGCAGCUAGCGCGCUGUUAGCCCGCGUUCUUCUCUACGCCGAUGAAUCAACCGUCAGUGCUGGCAACGCACCAGACACCAUCCUGCCAGGAUAUCUAAGUCCGUUUUCCACCGACGCUCCAUCCGAAAAGCUCUUCCAACGCAAGGACGGACUCGCCGCUCUAGCCCCCAUCAUCAACGUCGCCGAAGCCCUUAACGCCCAGCCCAUUCCCACCAACAAGUGGUGGGGGAACCUCAUUCACACCACCAACGAAGACGUCGACUCCGUCGCCAACCCGGCGUGGUCCAACCCGUACGCGCUCAAGCUGCCCAAGCAAGCUCCCUUCGGACUCCAGGCAUGCUACUCCUACACGUAUCGCCAACUGGCCGACGAGGUGGACGGCGUCAUAAGGUACUACCUGCACGAGUUCCACAACGACGUGACUCUAUCGGCCAGCGAGUUCGGGUCGACCAAGCCCGACUACGAGAUCUAUUCGUUCAGCGACAUGGGCGUCGCGCUGCGGACCUGUGUGGCCGGCAGCAGCGACAGUGAUAGCUUCAACUGCAUGGACUCGGCGCUCGUGCACGGCAUGGCCUUCGUGUCGGCGGCGUACGCAGGCUUAACGCCGCGCAUCGAGUCGGACUACGCCAUGACGCUGCUGGACAGCUCGACGCCGGGCAAGUACGUGGUGCGGCUUGCGAACAACCAGACGUGGGUGGCCUUCGCCAGCGACCCAAGUGUGACCUUCUCAGUCGACAGCACUGGGUCGGCUUUGACAGCAGCGGCAGGCUACACGGGCACGGUUCGCUUAGCGGUUCUCCCCGAGAGCGGCGACCAAAAUGUGUACGACGACUACGCCUCGUGCGUCGUGCGCGGUGGAGACGUGUCGGUGCAGUCUCGGACGAGUUACUCGCUGGACUGGGAGACGGGAGGCAGCGGGUGCGAUAGUUCGGGUCUCCUUCAUUUUGCGCUUCCUCAUCACCUGGACGCCAUGGACAACCCUACCACGACACAGUUGAGCGGGGCCAUCGUUCUGCACUCAAGCACUCGCGGCCUAAUGGUGGGCCAGGUGACCACGUCUGGGAGCUGGACGCUUUCGGAGCCCGAGGCGGACGACGAAGUAGAUUUCUAUCCUGCGAGCAAGCUGUCAGCCGACGUGGUUUCGCAGAUCGGUCUUCUGUCGACGCUGCAGAGUGACAUCGAUAGCUCGUGGGCGCUGGACACAGGCAGUUGGUACUUCAGUGGAAAAGCAUACCAGAAGUACGCAUCGCUGUGUUUGAUGGCCGCUGACAGGGCCAUAGUAGGCUCUAGCAGGUCUUUGCUUCGACGAUGUUUGUCCAAGUUGGAAGCCCUCAUUGAGCCUUUUCUCACCAACACUCUCAGCUCGCCGUUGGUGUAUGAGACGACGUACAAAGGUAUUGUCACUAGCCUCGCAUUUUCGACGGGAGAUAUUAACGUUGACUUCGGGAAUGGUGUAUACAACGACCACCACUACCACUACGGCUACUGGGUGACAGCGUCGGCCAUUCUCAAAAAACUGGAUCCAUCGUGGUCAGGCAUGGCCCAGCUCGAGACCAUGGUGUGGACAUUGCUGCGCGACGUCGCCAACCCAAGCUCGGACGACGAGUACUUCCCGAGAUUCCGCCAUUUUUCCUGGUACCUCGGCCACUCGUACUCGCACGGCGUGACGCCCAUGGCUGACGGCAAGGACGAAGAGAGUACGUCGGAGGACGUGAACUUCUACUACGGCAUGAUGCUGUGGGGCAAAGUGACCCAGAACCAAGCUGUGGAAGACCUGGGCAGCCUCAUGUUGCGCCUGAACGCUCGCGCCGUGCGCACUUACUUCCUCAUGACGUCGGACAACACGAUCCAUCCGCCUCAGUUCGUGCCCAACCACGUCACGGGCAUUUUCUUCGACAACAAGGCGGACUACGCGACGUGGUUCAGCGCCGAGAAGUACUGCAUCCACGGCAUCCAGAUGAUCCCGGUGUCGCCGAUCAACGGACUGGUGCGGACGGCAAAGUUCAUCCAAGAGGAAUGGGACGACAUUUUGUCAAAGGAGGCGAUUGUCACGGGAGCAGAUACCACGAACGCGUGGCUGUCGCUUCUACUUGUGAACGAGGCGGCGAUCAAUCAAGAGGACGCUCUCUCGAAGCUGACGAUGGCUACCAUGGACGAUGGACUGACGCGUUCGUGGGCUCUAUACAUUGCCGCUUCCCAUCGCACUAAACCUCGCGUAGCGACCUCAACCUGCGCCAACACCGUUUGGACUGCAGCGAUCACUUUUGAUGGCGAAGUGUGCCUAAACCCGUCAUGGUCGUCUUCCUAG